CUUUUCUACUUCACAGCCUUUGUUCGAGAGUGCGGAGGAAAAGAGCCAUUUUUUUGUUUGUUUUCUUGAGAGAGGGAGACGAGAACUCAGUUUAGUAGUGUGUGAGAGAGAUGGAGGGAAAGGAAGAAGAUGUUAAGCUUGGAGCAAACAAGUAUGGAGAGAGGCAGCCCUUGGGCACAGCUGCUCAGACAGACAAAGACUACAAGGAGCCACCCCCAGCUCCUUUGUUUGAGCCAGGGGAGCUUUCCUCAUGGUCCUUCUAUAGGGCUGGAAUUGCAGAGUUCGUGGCUACCUUCUUGUUCCUCUACAUCACCAUCUUGACUGUUAUGGGUGUGGGCAAGUCUGAAAAGUGUAAAAGUGUGGGUAUCCAAGGAAUUGCUUGGGCUUUUGGUGGUAUGAUCUUUGCCCUUGUCUACUGCACGGCCGGUAUCUCUGGUGGACACAUCAAUCCUGCCGUGACCUUUGGACUUCUCUUGGCAAGGAAACUCUCCCUCACAAGAGCCCUAUUCUACAUCAUCAUGCAGUGCCUUGGAGCCAUCUGUGGGGCUGGUGUUGUGAAGGGAUUCGAGAAGUCCCAUGAGUUCGAGCGCUUGAAUGGUGGAGCCAACUUUGUGAACCAUGGCUACACCAAGGGCGAUGGCCUUGGUGCUGAGAUCAUUGGCACCUUUGUCCUUGUUUACACUGUCUUCUCUGCCACUGAUGCCAAGAGAAGCGCCCGAGACUCUCACGUCCCUAUUUUGGCUCCACUUCCCAUUGGGUUCGCGGUGUUCUUGGUUCACUUGGCCACCAUCCCCAUCACAGGAACUGGUAUUAACCCAGCUAGGAGUCUUGGAGCUGCCAUUAUCUUCAACAAAGACCGGGCCUGGGAUGACCAAUGGAUCUUCUGGGUGGGACCCUUCAUUGGAGCUGGUCUUGCUGCUAUGUACCACCAGAUAGUCAUCAGAGCUAUUCCUUUCAAGACCAGGGCUUAAGAUUGAUUCUUCCCCUCACUUUGGAUCUCAACCCGUCUCUGUUACUUAUCUCUCUUUUUCUACUUUUUCUCCUCUCUUUUUUGUUGUGUAUUUCAUUUCAGAGCCACCAUGUGCAUGUGGCGUUAAGGUGUUAAUUAUGCGUGUAAAUUAUGCCAUUUUAAGUUUGUGACAGCUUUUAAUGGAGAAAUUCAUUAUGUUUUUUU